AUGGUGGUCCGUCGCGGCGGCAAAUGCCAUUUCCAUCGUCGCGGCGGUACCGUCGCCUCCCAUCACCGCCUUUUCGUCGCCCUCCCUUCCCCUGCCCGUCGCGCUCCCUUCCCUGCCCGUCGCGCUCCCUUCCCUACCCGUGGCGCUCCCUUCCGUCAUUCCCGACACAUAUUGCCUUCUCGUCAUUCUCCCUUUUCGUGGCUCUUUUUUUUUUUUUCCUGCACGUCGCCCUCGCUUCCCCUCCCCGUCGCGCUCCCUUUCCCUCCCCGUCGCGCUCCCUUCCCCUCACCGUCGUGCUACCUUCCCCUCCCCUGUCGUGCUCCCUUCCCCUCCCCUGUCGUGCUCCCUUCCCCUCCCCGUCUCGUUCCCUUCCCCUCCCCGUCUCGUUCCCUUCCCCUCCCCGUCUCGUUCCCUUCCCCUCCCCGUCGCGCUCCCUUCCCCUCCCCGUCUCGUUCCCUUCCCCUCCCCGCCUCGUUCCCUUCCCCUCCCCAUCUCGUUUCCUUCCCCUCCCCGUCGCGCUCCCUUCCCCUCCCCGUCUCGUUCCCUUCCCCUCCCCGUCGCGCUCCCUUCCCCUCCCCGUCUCGUUCCCUUCCCCUCCCCGCCGCGCUCCCUUCCCCUCCCCGUCUCGUUCCCUUCCCCUCCCCGUCUCGUUCCCUUCCCCUCCCCGUCUCGUUCCCUUCCCCUCCCCGUCUCGUUCCCUUCCCCUUCCGGUCUCGUUCCCUUCCCCUCCCCGUCUCGUUCCCUUCCCCUCCCCGUCUCGUUCCCUUCCCCUCCCCGUCUCGUUCCCUUCCCCUCCCCGUCUCGUUCCCUUCCCCUCCCCGUCUCGUUCCCUUCCCCUCCCCGUCGCGCUCCCUUCCCCUCCCCGCCGCGCUCCCUUCCCCUCCCGGUCUCGUUCCCUUCCCCUCCCCGUCUCGUUCCCUUCCCCUCCCCGUCUCGUUCCCUUCCCCUCCCUGUCUCGUUCCCUUCCCCUCCCCGUCUCGUUCCCUUCCCCUCCCCGUCUCGUUCCCUUCCCCUCCCCGUCUCGUUCCAUUCCCCUCCCCGUCUCGUUCCCUUCCCCUCCCCGUCUUGUGCCCUUGCCCUUCCCUUCUUUCCUCUCUUGUUCUUCCCCCCUUUCUCUCCUCGCCGUACCCUCCGCAUACCAUUGCAUUCCACCGUGCACUGCAUCCCGUUUCGUCAUUUUCUCCAAUUCCGCUUCCCACCACUCUCGUUUCCCCCCUUGUACUUUCCCCCGUUCCCCCGCUGCCCCCCCUUUCUUUUCCCGUGUCUCCCUUUUCGCCCAUGUUUCUCCCGCCUUUCCACCCUGUCCUGAAGUCCCUUGUCCCUCCCUCCCUUCCCCCGCUGACCUUCCCACCGUUUUCCCCCUCCCCCCUCCCUCCCUUUCCCCCGUGUCCCCCCUCCCCUUGCCCCUCAAUCCCUGACUCCUUGUCCUUCCCUCCCUUCCUCUUAGCCCGCCCAGCCUCAAUCCCAAGACCCUUGUCCCUCCCCCCUUCCCCCCCCAUGUCCUUCCCUCCGUCCUUUCCUCCAUUUCCCCCUUCUCCCUCUCACUCGCCCUCCCUCUCCCUCCACGCUUCUCGCCCUUAUCCCCACACAUGUCCUCCUCCUUUCCCUCCCAUCUCUCACCGAACCCUCUCUUUCCUCCCCUCCCCCCUUGCUCCAUUUCUUCUAAUUUCCGCCCUUCCCCCUCUUCGCCUCUCCUUCCCUCACUCGCUGUCCCUCUCUCUUCGCCUCUCCUUCCCUCCCUCGCUGUCCCUCUCUCUUCGCCUCUCCUUCCCUCCCUUGCUGUCCCUCUCUCUUCGCCUCUCCUUCCCUCCCUCGCUGUCCCUCUCUCUUUGCCUCUCCUUCCCUCCCUCGUUGUCCCUCUCUCUUCGCCUCUCCUUCCCUCCCUCGCUGUCCCUCUCUCUUCGCCUCUCCUUCCUCCCUUGCUGUCCCUCUCUCUUCGCCUCUCCUUCCCUCCCUCGCUGUCCCUCUCUCUUCGUCUCUCCUUCCCUCCCUUGCUGUCCCUCUCUCUUCGCCUCCCGUCCCUUCCCUCUCUGCUGGCCCCUUCGCUCUUUUCCCUCUCAGCCCCUCUCCUCCUUUCCCUCUCAGCCCCUCUCCUCCCCCUCUCCUCCUUUCCCUCUCACUCAGCCCCUCUCCUCCUUUCUUUCUCAGCCCCUCUCCCCCUUUCUCUCUCAGCCCCUCUCCUCCUUUCUCUCUCAGCCCCCCUCCUCCUUUCUCUCUCAGCCCCUCUCCUCCUUUCUCUCUCAGCCCCUCUCCUCCUUUCUCUCUCAGCCCCUCUCCUCCUUUCUCUCUCAGCCCCUCUCCUCCUUUCUCUCUCAGCCCCUCUCCUCCUUUCUCUCUCAGCCCCUCUCCUCCUUUCUCUCUCAGCCCCCCUCCUCCUUUCUCUCUCAGCCCCUCUCCUCCUUUCUCUCUCAGCCCCUCUCCUCCUUUCUCUCUCAGCCCCUCUCCUCCUUUCUCUCUCAGCCCCUCUCCUCCUUUCUCUCUCAGCCCCUCUCCUCCUUUCUCUCUCAGCCCCUCUCCUCCUUUCUCUCUCAGCCCCCCUCCUCCUUUCUCUCUCAGCCCCUCUCCUCCUUUCUCUCUCAGCCCCUCUCCUCCUUUCUCUCUCAGCCCCUCUCCUCCUUUCCCUCUCAGCCCCUCUCCUCCUUUCCCUAUCAGUCCCUCUCCUCCUUUCCCUCUCAGCCCGUUUCCCCGCACAUGACCUUGCCGCAUGCUCGGCCUAUCCAAUGCUGA